ACUGGAAGCAAACGUCCCAGUGCUGAUAUAGAAAAUUCUGAUUUUAUGACAGAUAUGGCUGCUUCAAAGCGUCCGCGAAUCACUCAAAUUCUUCGACCAGUGAAAGAACGCCAAAAUAACCAUUCAUCACCGGAGGAAGUUGAGGGGCUGGCCAAUGAGGGCUAUGUGGUUCAACCGGGCUCCUCAGAAAACCACAAGUCACCUCGGUCGAAUUUGCCUAAUCGGUGA